AUGGAUAAAACAAAAACAUCAAACCCCUCGCAAAAUUUUGCGUAUCUACCGAAAAUCAUAAAUGGCGGAAUCGCUGGUAUAAUAGGCGUAACAUGCGUUUUUCCAGUUGAUCUAGUAAAAACUCGUUUGCAAAAUCAAAGAGUUACUAGUGAUGGGAAAAUUCAAUAUAAAGGAAUAGUCGACUGUGCAAAACAAACGUGGCAUCAUGGAGGACGAACUAUUUUUGCAAAAAUUCGAGGAAUUUAUUCUGGAGUUGGAGUGAAUAUGUUACUUAUAACCCCUGAAAAGGCUAUAAAGCUAGUAGCAAAUGAUUUUUUUCGGUUCCACCUUGCUGUACCACAUCAAGAACAUUUGCCUAUAAUAAGAGGGAUGAUAGCUGGUGGUGGAGCAGGAUUUUGCCAGAUCAUCAUUACAACACCAAUGGAACUUCUUAAAAUUCAAAUGCAAGAUGCAGGAAGAACGACAGGUCAAAUGGAAUCAAAAAAAUUGUCUGCGGUUGGCUUGACGAUGGAUCUGUUGAGGGAACGAGGUAUUUUUGGUCUUUAUAAGGGUAUUGCUCCAACAAUGGCUCGCGAUGUUUCAUUCUCCGUCUUAUAUUUUCCGUUAUUUGCAUAUCUAAAUAGUUUGGGCCCUCGUUCUAGUGAUGGAAGUGGAGACAGUGUUUUUUACGCUUCAUUUUCUGCUGGUUUGACAGCAGGUGCUUUCAGUUCGUUCGCCGUAACGCCGUUAGAUGUAAUCAAAACUCGCAUGCAAUUGAUCAAUCAUGCUGAGGGCGAGACGGAAUAUCGGAACAUCUAUGAUGCUUUCAUGAAAAUAUUACGACAUGAAGGUCCACAAGCAUUAUUUAAAGGUGCGGUAUGUCGGAUGUUAGUAAUGGCUCCUCUUUUCGGUAUUGCACAAAUGGUAUAUUAUACAGGAAUUGCAGAAUUUUUCCUUGGUAUUCCAAAGACUUAUCAUUAA